CUUCUGCCUAUUUACGACGACCUGCAGAUGCGUAUCGCACUUCGCCUACUGCCUGUACGAUCACGCUUCUGGUUUCUUAUGCAACAAGACCCGACCGUACAACAGUGUCCAUACAUGACUUGCAACAACAUCGAGACAGUGAAACACCUCUUCAUGGAGUGCGCGAAAUCAAAGGCCGUAUGGGCCACGAUAUGGAAGGACUGGAGUCGCUUCCUUGUGGGCCCCCUCACGUGGACCAGCCUGGUAUUACCGCAUAAACAACAAGUGGCUGCGUGCUGGUACCAAGAACGAACCAAGAUUGUAUCUCUGUGGAAUAUAGUCAGGUGUAUCACACUGCACCAUCGAUGGACCGAACGAAAUCACUACUGUUUUGAGGAGAAGGACCCCGAAUCACUCGACACCACUAUCACCGCAAUCUACAAUACUUUCGGUGCUCACUACCGU